UUUCUUGAGCUUGGAAGUCUUCUCGUCGGAGAGCGGAAAGUGUGCGGACAGGCCGGGUGCGCGCUCGUCAUCAUUUGGAGGAGGCGACGCGCGCUCUAUCUAUCUCUCCCACGCGCGUAUACGCACCCACGCACGCAGCCGGCGCGCACGCUCUCACACGCCCCGAGACGCUCUUGGUCGCCGCAGUCAAUCACCGGCACCGACCUGCACGGAUCUUUUUGUCUUCUUUUUUUCCACCCCCACCGCGAAGACGCUUGCAGUGCCCCUUAUCCAACCCACGGUCAUGUCGGUUUAGCUGCCCUGCGGGAUGCCUGAUCAUGACAGCGCCGCGCUCCUAACCAAACAGACCAAGCGUAGACGCGUGGACAUCGGGGUGAAAAGGACCGUGGGCGGCGUGACCGGGAUCCUGCUCGACAGCAUGAACCUGCAGUCGCACAGCCCCGAUCGGGACGGGGACCUCUCGCUGGUCGCCCGCGGCCACGGCGGCGGCAACGGCGACGGGGAGAAAUCCAACGUUCUGAGGAAGCUGCUGAAAAGGGCCAACUCGUACGAGGACACCAUGAUGCCUUUCCCCGGGGCGACUAUUAUCUCGCAGCUUCUUAAGAGCAACAUGGGAAAGAAUGGCGGGAGUGACUCCGGCUUUCAGGGCAGUGGAGCUCUGUCCAGUGGGGGCUCUGAGAUCCAGGCCGAGGAUGGCUGCAGCAACGCCUCCUCCCAAGACCGGGACAGUCCGUCCAACUGCAUUUCCCCCGGACCCUCUCUCCCUUUGGCUCCGCCCUCUUUCGGGCGACCGACUUCCAACCUCAGUUCCCAUACUACUGUUCAGCCGCUCUCCAUUACGUCAUUUGACUUUGACAGGCUGUCAGAUGAGCACCUUCGAGCGAAACGGGCCCGGGUGGAAAACAUCAUCCGUGGCAUGAGUCACUCCCCGCUGGUCCAGCCCAGCAUUGCCGGGAACCACGGCAAAGAAACCAACUUCGACAAUGAGAGGUGCAGAAACGGCGGUACUAACGAGCACAGAGGCAUCAGUCACGGCCACAGCCGAAGCGACUGCGCCUCUUCCCUUCUCAGCUCUCCAGGUUCACGAGCUGGCGGGGUUAGCGCCGGCGAGGUCUACCGGGAGAACAAAAGGAAGCAGCGCCUGCCUCAACAGCAGCAAAGCUUCCCGCAGCUGGUGUGUUCCAGGCAGGAGCAGCGACAAGAGGAGAGGAGACAGCUGAAACUGCAGCUGGAAGACAUGCAGAAGCAACUGCGCCAACUCCAGGAGAAGUUCUAUCAGAUCUAUGACUCUGAGACCGAAGAAGAGGAGGAGAUCCACGACGGUGGCGAGGGGGACCGAGGCGGUGAGAGGGAUGAGGAUGGUAACCUGUCUGAGGACAGUAUUCGCUCUGAUGGUCUAGAGGAGAGGCACAGAGACAGAGGGCGCCGCCGCCAUGAUGAACUGUCCGAACUGGACCCGGGCCUGUUCCUGGACCGGGCCAGAGCCCUACUUAGACAGCAGGCCUUGAUGGAUGGCGAAAUGGUGGACGACGUGGAAGGGAGGUCGCAGGAGGAGGAAGAGGAGAUGAAUGCGGAGAGGAUGGUGAAGAGGAAAGGAGGGAGACAGUUAGCGGAGACGCUGAAGCAAGAGCUCAACUGUGCCGUCUCGCAGGUUGUUGACACCGUCGUCAAGGGGUUCUCAUCGCCCAAGCAGGCCGUCAGCCAUCAUCAUGGCUGUCACAGUAGCACCCCAGCUGCCCCAUCCUCUUCCUCCAAUUCAUCCUCCUCCUGUCCGCCGCUCUUUGGGCCUCUCCCCUCCCUCACCCCGGAUUCCCGUUUCGGUGGCGGCGCAUUGGCCCUGAGUCUCAACGGGGACGGCAGCCCCACCUCCAACUACCACUCGUCCAAUCAGAGGCUCCACUGUUUCGGAGACAUCAUCGCUCCCAGCCCGCUGGAUUCCUUCAACGGUCUAAGCGGCAGAUUAAGCAGCGUGCCAACUCCCAACGACCAAACCGAGGCGUUGCCGCUAGUGGUCCGCAAGAGCGGUGGCGGCGGCGGCGGCGGCAGCGGCUGUGAGGAAAACGGCAACCCAUCUCUACCUCCUCCUCCACCUCCACACCAUCCCUCUCUCCACCCAUCCUCCCUCACAGCCACUCUCGGCUUCAGCCCUCCGUCCUUUCGCCAUCCGUUCCCCCUCCCGCUUAUGGGCUACCCCUUUCACAGCCCUCUGGGAUCGCACGGGGGUGGAGCCGGGUACACCACAGGGCCCAAGGACCACCACCACCACCACCACCACCACAUUCGCUCCUCCCCAGAUUCCAUGGACAUGACCCGAGAAACUCUAAGCCUGAGAACCAAAAUGGCCACUCUAGGAGGAGGGCACCUCGGUCACCACCACAACAGGCAGAGUUCCCCGAGCCAACACGGCCCUGAAAGCUUGUCGCUGUCCCUCAUCAAGUCCGAGUGCGGUGACCUGGCGGACAUGGCCGACAUCUCACCUUAUUCAAGCAGCACCAUCCAAGAGGGUUUGUCACCCAACCACCUGAAGAAGGCCAAGCUCAUGUUCUUCUACACUCGCUACCCCUCCUCCAACAUGCUCAAAAUGUUCUUCUCCGACGUCAAGUUUAACCGCUGCAUCACCUCCCAGCUGAUCAAGUGGUUCAGCAAUUUCCGGGAGUUCUACUACAUCCAGAUGGAGAAGUUUGCCCGGCAGGCCAUCAACGAGGGCGUGACGGCCGUGGAGGAGCUGACGGUGGGCCGCGAUGCAGAGCUUUUCCGCGCGCUCAACAUGCACUACAACAAAGCCAACGACUUUGAGGUGCCUGAUCGAUUUAUCGAGGUGUCCCAGGUGACCCUUCGCGAGUUCUUCAACGCCAUCGUGGCGGGCAAAGACGCCGACCCGUCGUGGAAGAAGGCGAUCUACAAGGUGAUCUGCAAACUGGAUAGCGAGGUCCCCGACACGUUCAAGUCCCCAAACUGCCUCCAGGAGCUCCUGCACGACUGACAAUUAAGGGAACACCUGGCCAGCUAACCCGGAUCGUUGCGUGGAUCGUGUGAAACUAAAAUGUUCAUAAUGUGUCGUUAGGUGACGCGGAAUGAGAAGACGUUUUUUUUCGUUUUUUUUCUGGACUAUUCCUCUUGAGAGAGUCGCACUUACAGAUGUUCCUCUUCCUCGGACCGCUUUGUCCACGCAUGCUCUUCAUCCUCUCGCGGACAGUGGGCGGAGCCAACUGGCGAAAAAGAAAAUAAUAUAUAAAAGAUCUUUUUAUUGUUGGUGUUUGUAAGUGUAAUGGACAUUUAUGAGGAAAAAAAAAAAAAAAAAGAGAUGUUUCUGUAUUAUUUUUUUUUGCUUUCCACCUUUGUAUAAACGUACAUCCUCACGUCAUGCACGGUGUGUGUCGUGUUCAGUCUAACCCAGGGGUGUCAAACUCAUUUUAGAUCGGGGGGCCACAUGGAGAAAAAUCUACUCCCGAGUGAGCCAGGACUGGUAAAAUCACGGCACGAUAACUUAAAAAUAAAGACAACUUCAGAUUGUUUUCUUUGUUUAAAAAUACAACAAGCACAUUCUGAAAAUGUACAAAUUAUAAUGUUGAAUGUUUUUUUUUUUUACACUUACAUGUUGCGGUUAAUAGUAUUCUACCUUUAUUUGUCGUUAUUUAUACUUUCUGAAUAAAUUAUGUGAUAAUGUUCAUCGGUCAACGCAUUGGUGUUAAUUUAUAAUAAUAAUAAUAGAUUUUAUUUGUAAAAAAGCACUUUACAUUGUGUAAACAACCUCAAAAAAAAAAGAAAAAGAUAAUAAAAAGUAAAUAAAACUAAAAACUAGAACAGACAAAUAGCUAAAACUAGUAUGCAUAUAUCUAAAAAAAAAG